UGAAUUUUUAAUUAAUGAAAUGGCCCAUCGCUUCUGGGCGGGGCCGGGGGCGGCGGCACCCGCCGCGCGUGCUGGCCAAGUCGCGGGAGCGCAUGGUGCUGAAGAACGGCGAGUGCAACAUCUCGCGGCGGCGCGUGCUCGGGUCGCAGCGCAUGCGCCUGGUGCAGGACCUCUUCACGUCCAUGGUGGACCUGCCGUGGCGCUGGAUCCUGCUCAUCCUCGGCAUCAGCUUCUUCGGCUCGUGGCUCUUCUUCGGCGAGAACAACUGGACGCCGUGCCUGACGGAGGUGUACAACUUCACGUCGUGCUUCCUGUUCAGUAUGGAGAACCAGCACACGACGGGCUUCGGCGGGCGCGCGCCCACCGAGGAGUGCCCCGAGGCCAUCUUCCUGAUGUGCGCGCAGGCCAUCGUGGGCGUGACGCUGCAGACGGCCAUGCUGGGCAUCGUCUUCGCCAAGAUCAUCCGCCCCAAGCAGCGCACGCGCACCAUCCUCUUCAGCGACAACGCCGUCGUCUGCCUGCGCGACGGCGCGCUCUGCCUCAUGUUCCGGCUGGCGGACAUGCGCAAAUAUUAA